AUGAUUUUUACACUUUUGUCAACUUUGCCUGUUUUGAUUAUUACCUCGGAAUUAGAUUAUGCUGAAUUGUCGGGAAGUUUUCACAAUUUGGAGAGCAGUAAGUUUUUUUAAAAAUUAUUUUAUUGAGCUGAGAUGGUUAGCGAGAAACUAUAGUGUUACUUACUCAUAAUUCGAUAAUUUCAAACCGUUUGCAGUCACCAGCAAUGCCAUCAUGUCAUCUCAUCGAAACUGUACCCGUGACACAGAUAUUAUCGAUCAACUUCUAAAUGGCACAGGCUAUAACAAAUUCCGAAUACCACGUGAGUUUUCUCUAGUUUCCUAAAAGUGCAUUUCACAUUUUUGCAACUUUUUCACCGGUUAAAGAUGCUACUUAUGUUAACUUAGGCUAACUUGCUAACUACUUCGAAAAAUAAUAGUGAGUUAUCCGAAAUGCAUCUAAUUGUCUGACACAUUUCCGUGUCGCCCGCAAUUAUUCGUAUAUUUUUCUAUUUUUUAUUUAUUCAUGAGCUCUUGAAAAAGGGACCCGCCUGUUAACAAUUUCCUGUAUCUUAUGUGUUUUUUCUUUCAGAAGAUGAAGGAAUGGCUGUUGUUGUGGAGAUUUGGAUUCAGGCGAUCACAGCAAUCGAUGAAUUGACAAAUGAUUUUGAUAUGGAUAUUUACAUCACUGAAACUUGGCUCGAUCCGGCGCUCAAUUUUCAGAAUAUGAGCCCAUGUAAAGGUAGAGGAGUUCGGGGUGCAAAUAAUCCUAGGAAAUUAAUUAUGACGUGGUAACAGAGAAAUAAAUAAAAAAAUUGCAGGCAAUCUUUCGCUCAAUCACCAAGUUCUCGACCGCCUUUGGACUCCAAACAGUUGUUUCAUCAAUUCAAAAGUCGCCCAAAUUCACAAUUCUCCAUUUCGCAGUGUAUUCCUGAUGCUUUUCCCAAAUGGCACAGUUAUGGUAAAUUAUCGUGUUCGAGUUAAAGGACCAUGUCAAUUGGAUUUGUCUAAUUUUCCGCUAGAUCUUCAAAGAUGCUCAUUGAUUUAUGAGAGGUUAGAUUUUUUGAUGGAAGGUUUUGUAGUUUUGGAAUUUUUUCUAGUUUCAACUACAAUCAUCAAGAAGUCGAGAUGAAAUGGUCCGAAAUUAGUAUUCAAAUACUCGCGCCAAUUGUUCUUCCCGAUUUUGAUUUAUUCAAAGUGCAAACGGAAGGAAAACAAGAGGUGAGCUAUUUUGAAAGUAUUAUUCUAUGGAUUACUGUGGUAGGCUUUGUAGACAAGUCAGAAAUCGUCAGAAUGAUCUCAUUUUUAUUGGUUUCUCUCCAUAAAUGUGGGAAAUUAGUCAACUGAAAAAUUGGCAGCAUAUCUUCAAAAUAAUCUGGAUUUUAAGCACUUUUUCUCAAAACUUCUAGAAGGAUCAGAAAAUAUGGGCCAUUAAUUAUUAAUUUAAAUAAACUAAAAGCUCACUACUCAAAAAAAUGUUGUUCAGUCCUACCCAGCUGGAAUGUGGGAUGAAUUACACGUCACUCUGGUUUUCGAGCGUCGAUUCAUUUGGUAUUUCAUGCAAGCCUAUCUUCCCACAUAUUUGACUAUUUUUAUCAGUUGGGUUUCGUUUGCACUUGGUCCACGAGCAAUUCCAGCUCGAACUAUGCUUGGAGUCAAUAGUCUUUUGGCUAUUGUUUUUCAGUUUGGAAAUAUUAUGAGAAAUUUGCCGAGGGUUUCGUAUAUUAAAGGUGGGUUGGAUUUUUUGUACAUCGAAAAUGUUUUUCUGUAAAAAUUCGGGGAGUUUUUUUUAGGUAUCGAUGUUUGGAUGUUAGUCUCGAUGACUUUCAUUUUCUGCUCUUUGCUAGAAUUGGCUAUUGUUGGAUACAUGGUUAGAGAUGAGCCAGGAGCUAAGAAGAAACCCGUUAAAAAAGUAGGGGCUGAGAAAUUGAACCUUCAUAACCAUAAAAUUUCAGCUCUCCCGCGAAGAAUCCCCUCAUGGAAUCACAACCGAACGACGCUUCAUGUUUCCACCAGGAUGUACAGAUAUCAGCUUAUCAAAAGUAAUCUACCUAAUUUAUUUCUCUCUAAAUCAACCUAAUAUCAAUUCCAGACUUCCCUCAAUUCAACAAAUUGCAUGACUUCUUGUUGGACGCCCGAAAGAAUUGAUUCGCUGUCAAGUUUCAUGUUUCCCUUCACAUUUUUCGUAUUUAAUGUAACUCAAACCAAUUGUUUUUUUUGUCAAAAUUCAAAACAAAUUGCAGAUAAUCUACUGGGUUUACUACAUCUAUCGAAAAGAAAUCAUCCGCGCUCAAAUGGUAGCCGAUCACGGAAAGGGAAAUUAA